UCCCUCUGUGCUGUAGUUCUGCCGCACAGGACCGAAGCACAAUCCUGCAGUGCAAGGCUUUCUGUUUGGGAUUUAUUGUGGCUUUUGUUUGGAUUUCAGCAUGCAGAAUUACAGCUCUUCAGAGGAGACUCAUUACAACUCCUGCUGAAGCUCCUAGCCUUCCUCCCUCUGCCUCUUCCCCCACCCUCACUUGGCCUGAAGACACUGUCCCCAGUCUGCCUUACUCCCUUGGUGAUAUGUGCAUGGUGAACAUGGCAAUAUGGCCAAGUCUGGGACUGGCCAGACAACUGCUGUUGGCUCUCCCUGUUCCAGGAAGAAUCUAAAGGGAAAUUGCACCGCAGCAGAGCAGGAACCUGGUGACUAGGGUUCCUGGCAUUGUCACACACACCCAUGCACAGUUGACUGCAGUGACAAUAGCUGCUCCUGGGAACUGGGCAGCAUGAAGUGAGAGCCAGUUCCUGAGCUCGAGAUGAACUCCACCUUGGAUGGUGAUCAGAGCAGCCAUCCUUUCUGUCUCCUUGCACUGGGCUACUUGGAAACUGUCAGUUUUUGUCUUUUGGAAGCCCUGAUUGUUGUCUUUCUAACUGUAUUGAUUAUUUCUGGCAACAUCAUUGUGAUUUUUGUGUUUCACUGUGCACCUCUGUUGAACCAUCACACUACAAGUUAUUUUAUCCAGACAAUGGCAUAUGCUGACCUCUUGGUUGGGGUAACCUGCCUGGUCCCAUCCUUGUCACUACUCCACUACCCUCUUCCUAUGGAGGAGGCCAUGACUUGCCAAGUAUUUGGCUUUGUAGUGUCAGUUCUGAAGAGCGUCUCCAUGGCUUCUCUGGCCUGUAUCAGCAUUGAUAGAUACAUUGCCAUCACUAAGCCUUUAACCUAUAAUACGCUGGUUACUCCCUGGAGACUACGCCUUUGUAUUUUUCUGAUUUGGCUAUAUUCCACCCUGGUCUUCCUGCCUUCCUUCUUCCACUGGGGCAAACCUGGAUAUCAUGGAGAUGUAUUUCAGUGGUGUGCAGAGUCCUGGCAUACCAAUCCCUACUUCACAUUGUUCAUCGUGAUGAUGCUGUAUGUCCCAGCUGCCCUCAUUGUCUGCUUCACAUAUUUCAACAUCUUCCGCAUCUGCCAGCAGCACACAAAAGAAAUCAUCAAAAGGCAAGCCCGAUUCAGCAGCCAGAAUGGGGAGACUGGGGAAGCCCAGACCUGUCCUGAUAAGCGCUAUGCCAUGGUCCUAUUCAGAAUCACCAGUGUGUUUUAUGUCCUCUGGUUGCCAUACAUCAUCUACUUCCUGCUGGAGAGUUCUACUGGCUGCAGCAGCCGCCUUGCAUCUUUCCUGACUACCUGGCUUGCUAUUAGUAACAGUUUCUGCAACUGUAUCAUUUAUAGUCUCUCCAACAGUGUUUUCCAACAAGGAUUAAAGGGCCUCUCAGGGGUUGUGUGUACUUCUUGUGCAAGUCACAUUACAGCCAAGGACCCUUACACAGUUAGGAGCAAAGGACCUCUUAAUGGAUGUCAUAUCUGAGGGGGCUCAUAUAUUUCAGUCACUUUGUUUCCAGAGAGAAAGGGUGGCUUUGAUUUUUUUCCAUUUCCCUUCUAUCUAGUUCACUAGGGGAUCUAGGACAAGAUAAUUUGACUCUGAGCAGCUGCAGACUAUCCAGAUACCUUCUCAGUUCUCAGAAGUUGUUUCCUAAAUGAGAUUUAAAAUUAGAAGAAUCAGGAUCAUGAAAAAAAUCACUCUUGAUGCAGUUUUUGAAAUGUCAUGGAAGUGACUACAGUUUCAGAUUCAAAAGGAAUAAAGCCAUAGCUAACACCUCUCCCAGCUGGCGUGACUGAACCUGGGCGUGAAAAGCAUCAGCACUUAAAAAAAAAAUUACCAUUUCUUUUCCCUUUUCUGGAUUCUUCCAAGUAUCUUGGAAUUUAUGUGCAGUUGUUAUCUUUUAACGGGGAUUUUAAAAUAGACUGAUGAACUAACAAGGAUUUUCUUUGUCUGUGCCAAAAUAUAACUGCACUGCAAGUUUCAGCACUCGUUUAGGUAGUGAGAUGUCUGGAGAGAAGUCUCCAUGGGAUGAAUAAUGUGAACACUGAACAUUACUUUAGAGUUCUGAAAUGAACCAUGAAGCAGCCAUGCAGUGAGGUCAUGCAGUUUGUGAGAAACAGCGGCUUCGACGCCAUGCUUGUGAGCAUUGUGUGCACAUGCACAGAAGUGACGUGACAGUGCUUUUCUCCGUGCCUCUGUGUUUGUGAAUAUUUACACUGAGCUGAGUUUCUUUUAUAACUAAAUAUUUAAUCUAAAUAAAUAAUAGAUGGAUAGCUGUCCAUUGUAAUAUGUAAUUGAUUUUAGUAUUUUCUGUUCUUCUUAUCCAGUCUUCCAUAAGAACUGAAUCAGCUCAGUGUUGAGUAUACUGUCUGCCUUUUAAAUAGAGUCAGCCAACAUCACAGUCACCAAUUCAUUUUGGAAAACAUUCUUUCAGGUCCUAUCAAGGAAUCCCCUUUGAAGGGGAGAAGGAGAAUUCUGGUUGGGUCAAGUCACCUACCUGUGGUCCUCUUUUUGGAAAAAGUCCUUUGUCAUAUAGUUCUUGCCUCACUUGUCUGUUUUUCCAAAGCACUAGCAAAAUGUAUAGAAUUUUAUUGUUUAGAAUUACUAGAAUGCUUUGUGUUGGUGCAUAGUAUUACCUUUGUAUUAAAAGUGACUGCCUUGAAAGCCAGAGAAUUGUUUGUCUAAAGGGAGAGAGAGCUGUUAGCAACUGGGAUCAGAGCCUCCUGCACUUUGUGCUAGUUUUCAUUUAAAUAGAAGAUACUGCCCCCCCCACACACACACAUUCUUGUAUUGCUCCUAGAGCCUUGUGCAAACAAAGCAAGUACUUUUCAAGUACUUUUUCUUAUAUUCACAGCUGAAUUUUUUUGUUCUGUUUUGCUUUUUUUUUUUUUUUUUUUUGGUUUUUCGAGACAGGGUUUCUCUGUGUAGCUUUGCGCCUUUCCUGGAACUUACUUGGUAGCCCAGGCUGGCCUCGAACUCACAGAGAUCCACCUGGCUCUGCCUCCCGAGUGCUGGGAUUAAAGGCGUGCGCCACCACCACCCAGCUCUGUUUUGCUUUUUAAGCCAGUGUCUCACUGUGUAGCCCUGGCUGUCCUAGAACUCACUAUCUAGACCAGGCUGGCCUUGAACUCACAGAGAUCCACCUGUUUCUGCUGGAGUUAAAGAUUCACCAUGGCCAGCCCCUAACCAGCUUUAUGUUUUAGACACUGAUUUUAUUUUAGCCUCAAAUUAUCUCCUGCUUUAAACUUUUUAAGUGACAGAGAAUUAUAAAAUUCCAAAUUCUAAAGGCAGGUGGAUCUCUGUGAGUUCAAGGUCAGCCUAAUCUACAUAGUGAGUUUCAGAACAGCCAGAGAUAUAUAGUGAGAUCCUGUCUUAAAAAAACAAAACAGAUUGAGUACUUCCCCAAAUCUUGCUUGUUCUUUAUAGUUAGUAUUAGCAAAUGUAAUUCAGCUGUUUCAGAAUUUAGAGCUCACGUUGAAAAUGCUAGGUUAGAAAUAGCUUUAUUGCUGGGUGGUAGUGAUGCACGCCUUUAAUCUCAGCACUCAGGAGGCAGAGGCAGGCAGAUCUCUGAGUUUGAGGCCAGCCUGGUCGACAUAGCAAGUUGCAGGACAGCCAGGGGUACUAAGAGAAACCCUGACUUGAAGGAAAAAAACAAAAACAAACUUGGUUGGAUUUCUGUUUCAAGCAGAAAAUGUUUUCUGCUGCAUUCUGAAAAUCAGUCUGUAAUGUGCUUUUCUCUGCAUCACACAGCUGGAAGGUUAGCUCUGUAGAUGGGGUUGGGUGUGUUUCUUUCCUUGUGAAGUAGUCUCUUGUAGUUCUCCUCCCUCUGGCUCCCAUGUGCUGAAAUUUCACAUGGGCCACCACACUAGCUUUGUUUUUCAUACAUGCUAGGAAGUUUAAUCUUUUCAAAUUUGUAUUGUGCUUUUGAAUUUUUAGUUCAGCAAGCAUGGGAAUCUUAAAGAUGGGUUUUAUUAAAAUGUAUUAAAUCAGUAGUAAGAGCAAGAUUUUCCUUUUAGAAGAAGUUAAGCCCUUUUCACUCUUUGGUUCUGGGACUCCAUUUUGUAACAGUGGGAAAGAACAUUGUUCUGGCAAUGCCAACAAAGGAGAACAUGGCUUUUUAAAUAAGGUCUUUUUUUAACAGUUUGCUUAGUUUUGCAAAUAUCAAGUUCUGGGGUGGGUGGGUUGGUUGGUUGGUUGGUUGGUUGGUUGGUUGGUUGGUUGGUUUUUCAAGACAGGGUUUCUCUGUAUAGUUUUGGUGCCUGUCCUGGAUCUCACUCUGUAGACCAGGUUGGCUUUGAACUCACAGAGAUCUGCCUCCCUCUGGCUCUGCCUCCCGAGUGCUGGGAUUAAAGGCGUGCGCCACCACCUUCCGGCUAAGUCCUGACUUUAUUAAAGGCAUUUUUUUUUUCAAAGUAGAUCUAUAUUUCUCUUUGAAGUACUGAGUAAAGAAGAAUCUAGUAGUUGCAGUAACUGUAAGGAAAACAAGUAGACCCUUCACGAUGCGGGAAAUAGUGGAUGUCUUCCCAGUUCAUCUUGUCUGCAUUGUGCUGUGUGAACCUGUGAGGCUUAAGUAAUCAGUUCUGUUAUUUUCAAUUCAUUGUCUGCACUGCCUGUUUAUUUUUAAUUUGCUGUGUGGUGGGGGUUAAGACUAGAUGAAGGGGCAUAGUUACACAGUCUUCAGGGGCUGGGAGAAUUCUCUGCAUAAUAGAUUUGAAGCAUUUGUGUUGAAUCUUUUUAUUCUGGCACAUUUAAUGCAACAUUUGAUGACAUUUUGUUUAAAUACCAAUCUGUCUAGUUCAAAGUGAGAAAAAAAUAUGUAUUUUUAGACUCAAAUACCUCGGAUAGCUCAUUUAACUCUGUGGUAUGUGACUAGUAUCAGAAUAAAUAUAUACUUUUAGAGAUAGUGUUGAAGUUACUUCAUAAUAAAGUUUAAAGUAAGAUCAUACUCAUUGUUUAACUUGUAAAUGAAUUAUGUGUUAGCAGUUAUUUCAGUGAGGAAGUUUUGGUCUUCUUAGAAUUGGGGAAAUAGUUGCAUGUGAGCCAGUGCCACCUUAGAAAGAGCCCUGGACAGCCGACUUCUUCACAGGCCUGCUGCUGCUGCUGCUGCUGCUGCUUCUGAACCCCCUUUUGGACAGAUUUCCUUUAGCAGUAUUGAGGGAUACAUUCUUUUUAGCUAUUUUACAAUGGCUUUUCCUUUGUACUGAAAUAGUUUACUUAGUAUUUUUAGGAUUGGAGAAACUUUAUCUUUCAUACUGUGAAUGAGCUGUCCAUCUCCUUGAAUGUGAAAUGGCAGGUUUACCAGCCCAGACGGUAGAAUGAUUUGGGGAGGAUUUUCUCAGCUUUUCAAAGGUUCCUUUGAAAAAAAUGUGCACAAUGACUUUGUAGGAAAUUCUUAAUUUCAUUGACCAUGUGCUUCUGUAUUAAAAAGAUUUGUGAAAUAAGUUAUUGGCAAACCAGAGUUUAUUGGUAGAUGAGCAGUUUGGGAGACAUUUAAAGAUGGGGGAAUUGUGGCAUUGUUAUGUUAUGGUUUUACAUAAUUUCUCUGUUUCAAGUUGAAGAAAAAACAAAUGUAAAUAUAUUAAACUGUACAUGUUGAUACUACUUGUAGACUCUAGAAGUGAGGUAGUUAUUUUUCUUUUGGGGGGUGGGGUUCGAGACAGCAUUUCUCUGUGUAGCCCUGACUGUCUUUAUAUACCAGGCUGGCCUCAAAUUCAGAAGUCUACCUGCCUCUGCCUUCCAAGUACUGGUAUCAAAAAUGUGCAUCACCACCACCGCCUGGCUGAGGUAGCUAUUUCUUAUGAAUAUAAAUGGGUCACUGGGAAUUCUUUCAAAUUUGGUGAUAAAUGGACAUCUGACACAGUAACAGUAAACUUUGAAAUGAGAGUGUGGAGACCUGGUGAGCUGGUUAGUAAAGCAGGGAGGGUAAAGGUGCUAGAUAGAAGUCCUUUCAUACCUUCGUAGGACUGAAUCAGAUAACCUGAAGUAAAAGUGAUGCCUCUUGUUCAUGUCUGCCAUAGCUUCAUAUAUAAGCUAUAUGUUUUGGUGUGCUUCCAAACCUUCACUCAGUCAAUCAUGGAGGCUCACUGCGAGAGCAGUACUCUGUGCUAUUUAGCAAUCCCAGACCUGAAGACCACAUGAGCACUUGUUUGCUUCAUCUUAUUCCUGAGAACUUAGUGAAGACAAGGGGCAGCACCCCUGAUAGCUGCACCCCAGAUCUAACACAGAACCUGCUCCAGAACAGAAGGCUUAGUAAAAAACAGGAUGAAUGAAUGACUUUUAUUAGUCACCUGCCUUAGUCCCUUCUGUCCUAACAUUCUAUAUGAUCUGGGCUACUCUAGACUCUUUAAGAAUGAUACUACUAUUUCCUCUUUUCUUUCUCCUUCCUUCCUUCCUUCCUUCCUUCCUUCCUUCCUUCCUUCCUUCCUUCCUUCCUUCCUUCCUUCCUUCCAUGAAAAGACUAGUGUGGGAAUAUGUUCUCAGUAACUGCUCCCGAGGCUACCUUGUGCCUGGCAAUGUUGCCAAACUGCAGUUUCUCACAGCAUAGAUGAAAUAAAUGCACAUAGUCAGAACACACCUUGGCUCUAGAGCCAAAUGAAAGAAGCUGUAAAAAUCAGCUAUGGGAGAGACUGGAGAUGUUGGAACCUCUGUCUGGCUAUAUGGUUUUACUCUAUAACUCCUUGUCAGUUUUCUAGUUCUGUCUUCUUUUUCCUGACACUGGUGGUUGUAUAUCUAGAAGGGGGCAUUUCCAGUGAAGUGUCAUCUCUGUCUUAUAGAACAUUUCUAGUCUUGAGACAUUUCACAUGGAAAAUUCUGUAAUUAGGUUUUCCAAGGAGCCUCAAAGAGUGAACUUCACCCACAAGGAAUUUACCAAGGCAUCCUUAUGAGACACACAGCCUGUCUUUUAUUUAGGUAAGUUCACAUAAGGGUAGUUCAUUAUUACAAUAGGAAGUAAUUGUAGUCUUUUCCUGGGAGCGCAUCAUGACCUACACCAUGUACAGAUGGUUGCUUGAUGGGAAUUGAAGCUCAUAAUGCCUUUCUGUGAUGUGAGGGGUCACCUCUGCAGCCAGUGCUGACCUGCCUGUGCGGCUUCAAACCCCAUGUUGGUUGCAUCUAGCUCUCUUGUCAUUUGUCUUUUCGUCAGAUCCUUGGAAGUCUUAACAGCCUUGGAAACGGGUUUUCUAAGGUGAUUUUAGGUCACUGAUUUACACGUUGUUGUAUUACAGCUUUCUGUUUUGUGACACCCCAAAGAGCAGCGAGUUUCAUUCAGCUUGUUUGUGGUUCAUCUUGUCCUAGUCUUCACACACUGCCUACAUGGAAAGCAAGGUAUACGGAACCUCUUAGGGAAUUUACAGUAUCCUUUGGCCACUAGUGUUACCAUGUGCAACAAAGAAAAAAGGAGGCAGUAAUGUAGGAAAGAACCUUGGAAAUAUUUGUCCUUAUUUUGACAUUUUACAUGGGGCCCAAGCCAACUUCUCCAUGUAUUGAUAAGAACUCAGACAGCUGCUCCUAGUUUGCGGCCCUCUUCUAGUACACUUGCUUUUGCAAAGAGUUGGAAUCUAGCUUGACUGGGCCAGCACCUGAACAUGCGCAGGUGCAUGUGUGCUUAAAUCUAGGCAUAAGGAGUAGAAGCAACAAUGUACAUGUAAACCUGAGGUUAUUUGGUUUUAGGAGAAUUUCAUGAGCACCUUAUUCAAUCUGUCCAACACUAUGAGGUUGUAUAAGCGAGUGUUUGUUUUGGUUUUUGAUUUUUUUGAGACAGGGUUUCUCUGUGUAGCCCUGGCUGUCCUGGAACUCACUUUGUAGACCAGGCUGGCCUCAAAAUCAGAGAUCCACCUGCCUCUGCCUCCCGAGUGCUAGGAUUAAAGUUGUGCAUCACCAGCGCCCGGCUUUUCACAAGAGCGCCUCAUCAAUCCACCAUUGGCAAUUUAAAUACUCGCAGCUUCUAAGUGCAAGAUCUCAGUUAUACCCCAGGCCCUUCUGAUAGCAGUGCCCUCAUUUACUUCUCAGAGGAACCUAUCAGGUAUUUGUUUUUAAUUUCCUUCUUUUAUUGGUCAGGAAUGUUUACUCUUAGACAAGAACUUAAAAGUCACACACAGGGUAAGUGAGAGAACUUUACUCACUGGGCCAUCUUGCUUGCCUUCAGUAUGCUUUUUGAGAAUGGGUUGUCCUAUAUUGCCCAGACUACCCUUGAAACCCUGCCUCAGUCAUCUGAGUCACGGGGGCUGUAAGUGAGAAGCAGUUCCUGACUGCUUCUCUUUUUCUAUUACAACAGUCAGAGAAAGCUGCUUAGAAAGUAACCAGAGCCCAGAACAAACAGAGAUCAAAGGAAACAGAAGGGUGUGGGUUUCCAAAGGAAAAAAGGAACAUUUUAGAGCUUGUAAUUUAAUGGAUUAGGUUGUAUAAAAAACCAUAACUUGAGGACUGUAGGACUUGACCUCAGAUUUGUUAUUAUGUACUGUAUGUUAAUUGUGUAUUUGUGUGCAUUUGUGGGGUGGUGGUGGGUACAGUGGUCAAAGAACAGCCUGGAGGAGUGAGUUCUCCUCUCUUACUAUGUGAGCCCCAAGAAUUGAACUGGCAUCAAACUUGGCAGCAACUUUCUCAUAGAACCCAAGUUUUUUUUGGUUAUUUUGUUGUUGGUGAUGGUUGGUUGGUUGGUUGGUUGGUUUUGAAAUGGGGUCUCACCUAAUAACUCUUUUUUAACUGCUUAGCUUACCUGAAACUCACUACAUAGACCAUGCUAGCCUAGAACUCACAGAGAUCCACCUGCCUCUGACUCCUGAGCACUGGAGUUUAAAGGUCUACAACACCAUAAUACCUGGCCCAGGAUUUUGUUCUUAACGUGAUGCUCUAUAAAAUAUUUACAUCCAACAAUAGCAAUCAUGCUAAGCUGUUAACCUUACUAGGAGAGUAUUUAUUUGAUAUACAGUUUACUUGGUGGUAGAAAUGAAAUUGAAAGAAGUGUUUAGAAGUCUUUAUAGUUACCAAAAACAUUUGUUUAGAAUGUGACUCAGCACAUAGUGUUGUGCCUUCUAAUUUAACUCAAAACUUGCCACCCUUUCCAUCACCCACUGCUUUACUCGGAAUGAUUCUCUGCCUAUUCAUUUUUGUCAGUAUAGUUUUUAAUGUCUGGUCAUUGGGCUCUCCAGAAGUAUUGCUAUGCAGGAGAAUCAAUAAUAGCCAAGCAGGAAAAGGUUGACCAUGCUGUUUGCGUUUGUGCCUUAUCUAUACAUGAUUUGGGGCAGUUUUACCAAACAUUGGCCACUUUUCCUGUGGGAAACUUGAUCCCUAAAAGGAAAUGGACAUAGCUAAAGGGCUACAUGUCACAUGGGACUUAGAUUUAUUUUUAGAAUGGCAUUAUAAUGCCAUAUUUGGUUUGAAACAAUGUAACAGCGGUCCAUUAUUUUAUUAAGUACAGAGUCAUCUUUUCUGAAGUUGGCCACUUUCCUCUUACAUUAUCUACCACAGAUAGAACCAUAGUGUCAGUGUGGUGCUUACGUAUUCAUGCAGUUGAUCCAUCCAUAAAGAUCAGAAGUGCUUGUUGGUAGAUAUUUCUAUAACAGGCUUGCUGAGUUUAGUUUCUAUAGUUAAGACGCUGGUCAGAGUACAUGGUUGUUUUUUUGUUUUCAUUUUUGGGGAGGGUUGUUUGCUUUAUUGGAUGUUGGGGACAUGAGUGAAGAGACAUUUGAAGUUACUCUAAUUGUUUGUCCUGAAAUGGGUCUCUGCCCCAAGGACUGGUUUAAAACAAAAUAAAUCUAGCCGGCACAAGUAUUUUUUUCUUGAGCUCUACAGUGUUUGGGUCAGUAUGAUUCAUAGGCUAAAAGAAAAAAAAAUUGUAUUCUAUCAUUUAUAUUUUAAGUGUCAGUUUUUCUGUCUUAUUUAUCUUCUUUGUAAAUUCAUUUGAUUACAAUGAAGUAUGAUAUUGAUGACAUACAAUAGGUUGUUUUGAAUUGCUUACUGUUUGGUCACAGAUCUGCUCCUCCCCAGACCAGGCACUAAGUCCCAAACAGGAAACCUUGCCAAAUACAUAUUUUUCUGUCUUGGCUUCUCCCUCAAGAUUGGAAGUAGGCGAGCAACAUCAAUUUCAUAUCUAGUGGGAAGGGUUACUACUGAUGUACCAGGCCUAUGUCUCCCACUUUCUUCCACACAGUGUGUCUUUCCUUUUUAUAAACCCAGGGAGGCAAAUAGAUUAAGUUUUAUAAACAGAUACGUUUUAUAAGUAAGGACCUCAAAGUUUAGCUUAGGUAAGUAGCCUGCCCAAGGUUACGAAAGUUAAGAAAAGAGAGGCAGUGCACAGACAGAACUGCCCAAGACAGGGUUUAAGUCCUGCCCAUUGUGCAUUCUAUCUCCUCCGCACUUUGUCAAAAGCCCAAAUCCAGAGGCCACACAAUUGUGACCAGGUUCUGAAGUACCUCAGUCACCCCUGUGUUCUAGGAUAAUGGAAAUGGAUUUCCAGGCUGCUCUGUGUUUUCUGUGAUGGAGCUUUGGAAGGGAAACUUUGAAACAUUAACUACUGAGUGUCUGUAUAGUAUUUUAUGUUUUUAAAUCUGUAUAGCUCAAUUUCCUGUCUCUCUUUGGUUCAGCUUUUAAAUUCUGCUGUUAACUUUAAAUUGUUGACAAAGUUAUUGUCAUCAUGGGUACCUCCAACACCUCUCUGGGAGCAGUUCUCCAAAAUAUGUGUGAAAAGCAAUCUCUAUCGACAAAUUGAUUUCUACUAUCCAUCAAGUUUGAUUUCUACCAAAAUCCCCUCUAUUUGUUGGUGUGGAAGAAUAACACUGUAGGACAGAAAUCCCAUGGUUCCUAGUUGAAACGCAAAUCAUGACUUGAAGGACAGUGAUGCCAGCCAUGAAGGAACCAGUAAGUGUUCAUUGGCAUGGCUACAUAAGAUGUAUGUUGAAUAUUGAACGCUCAAGGCAUCGAUAGAGGUGUUUGUUUUGUUUUUUAGUUUUUUAUUGUUAGUAAAUGAGCCCAUUAGUUGCAUUUAUUUCUAGGAUUCAUGUUUUGAUGACAAAAAGAUAAUGGACACUGGGUCACUUUCCAUGGAGUGGAAAUGCUUAUAAUUCUUAGAAGACAGUUUUUUACAAAGACAGUAAUGUGGUAGCUAGUAUCCUCAACACCAUGAAAUGUAAAGGCCCUCCCUAUAACAGGUGCUAUGUUUUGCCCUUUCCCUCCUUACCUUCCUUUCUUCCCUUCCUCCCUUCCCUCCCUCCCUUCAUCCCUCUCAACAGUCUCAAAGCAUACUGGAGGUAUAACUUAGUGAGAUGGUUCUGUGAGGACUAGGAUAAUUAUGGCCUAAAUACAUUUCAGUAAUUAUGAUUACUGAAACUAAAGAUGUAUAUUUAAGCCAAGCAGUGGUAGCACACACCUUUAAUCCCAGCACUGGGAGGCAGAGGCAUGCGGAUCUCUGAGUUUGAGGUCAGCCUGGUCUACAGAGUGAGUUCCAGGACAGCCAGGCUACACAGAGAAACCCUGUCUCAAAAAACAAAAACAAUCAAUCAAAAGCUGUAGCUGAUUUUUUAAAAGGAGCUGCAGACUGAAGGGAUAGCUUAGCAGGUACCAGCAUUUGAUACACAUGCCUGAUGAUCUGAGUUAGAUCCUCAAAGUCUGCUUUUAGAGCUGAGGCAAUCGUCUAUAAUCUUCGAGCUCCUGUGGUGAUGUGGGUCAUAGAGACAGGAGAGUCAACACAGCUCUCAGAGCAGCUAGGUUGGAGUUCACAGUGGUGGCAGAAAUAGGGGACUCUGACUCAACAAUGUAGAAAGCAAGAACUGACUCUCGGAAGUUGUCUUCUGAGUUCCACAUUCAUGCCGUGCCACAUCUUAUCUAUACAAGUACACACACACAACAAGGAUACACAACCAGUAAAAUAUGCUUUAUUCAUGAAAAUACAUUUUAAAGACAGGACAUGGGCAAGGUAUGCUAGCACACCCAGGAGGCUGAGGCCAGCCUGAACUAUAUAGUAAGACCCUGUCUAAUGAGUAAAUAAUGUAUUCGAGAGGGGUGCUUUUCUGUUUCAUUAAGUGUUACAUACACUUUUACAGCAUUUAUAACGUUUGGAGUUAUUCCUGAGAACUUUUUAUUUGGGCAACAAACCACUUGGGAAAUAUAAUCUUCUCUGCUCCUUAUUUCACAUGGCAGCCUUCCAUGACAUUUCUUUUGUUUGGGUAUUUUCUUUUUCUUCCUGCCAUUCUUAGCUUUCUAUUUUCCAACUUGAGUUUACAAAGAGUAUGUAUUCAAAGGACUUCCUUCAGUUCCCAGUACCUUAUUAAUCCUGAGAAGUUACUUAGUCAUCCAAUUCUCAUAGUAAGCUAUAAAAAUAGACAUCCAGAAAGAUUAGAGUGUGGGACGACUAUGAUUUGAACUAAUACACAAUUUUGACCUGAGGACAAGAAAAUACCAUGUGUUAUAAUUUCCCUAAAUUUUAAUCCACAUAGGGUUUUUAAGGAGCUUUAAAAUGUAAGGAGCUUAGAUCCCACCCCCAUAUCAAGCCUGGUGGGAGCUAAGGGAGAAGUCACUAGAAAUGAAUCACACCUGGCUUCUAGAUCUUGGUUACUAGUGACAUCCUUAAUGAAAGGAACAAGAACUAUGUGGUGGUUUUAAGGGAUACUGGUCAAGCAUUUUGUAUAAUGUCCUUCAAGAAGUUGUCUGGUGUUUUUCUUGUAAAGCUAUGAAUUUGAAGCGGGAAGAUAUAAGGUAAAGGCCAUUCUUAUAACAUGAAAAGUGCCUACUAGCAGAAUGAUUUACCACUGUUAGUACUGAUCUUGCUUGUCUACCCCCACCUCCCAUUCUACUCUCACUUCCUUGAUGACAUAGUAUGUACAUAAGUUAUUUGAAAUUCUACCUGGGCGACUUAUCUCUUUACCCCAUUUAUUUAUUAAAUCCAUCAUUUAUUUUUGUAUGUACAGACUCAUGGAUAUUUCUCUCAUACUCAAGGCUAUAACUCAGUGUUACUGUAUAUGUUAGUUGCUUAAAUUAUUUGGCUUAAGUCACUAGGAAUGUUUUUCAUUGGCUGUCAAUAUCCCUCUGACAUACUUCCAUCAGUACAGACAUUCUGUUGUUGGUAGUGUUACUGGUAUCGGUUGGCUUGGUUUGUGGUAGCAAUAAAAUUAAGAAGCGUUUAUGGAA